CGUCGUCGACCUCAGCGCCUCGUUGACCACCCACUUUGAAUGCACGUUCCAACCACUCACAAUUUCCUGGAUCCGGCCGAUUGUGGACCAGGGCAAUAUGUACCACGCCACUGAACGUGGCCAGAACCUCUCAAUACUAAUCAAAGAAUUGGAACCUACCGCAAGGCGGCCGAUCGGUUCAAACGUGCAUAACUACCCGCAGCGUGCUUUGGCCGCGCUCUUUUCGUUGUACUGGAGGCGCUUUUGGUUGGUCGGGUUGCUUCGAUUGGUGAACGUUGUAUGACACAGGGCUGGCGUGCUUAAAGAGGUCGUGGGGGUGGUCCAAGCGUUCCAGUUUGACACGUCCUACGCCAUAGCAUGGAUGGCCGGGUCGCUACUGGCCAUAAUGUGUUUGGCGUGGCCCACAUGACGUUCCAAAAACAACUUGCUCGGUCAAGAGUUGUCGGGGAGAUAUCGCUGCAUGAUGUUUUGGAAGGCUAUAGCCCUCGGCGCCACCUCUACUGUAAACAGACGAAAACCGCGGCGGAGAUUGCCAACUUGAUACGCAAUCAACGCCUUCAGCAUUAUCACGUGUACCAGCAAUUUGCACUAAAUAUGGAUCGCUCCUUCGCGAAUCAGGGCUGUGUUGUUCUUAUUCUACGGUUCAUGGGCCUGUCGACCUUUGUUUCGUUGGGCGCGAUGGCCGCCUUCUUCCUUGUGAAUGCCGUACUGGCCAUGUUGCUUUAGGGACAAGAGAGCAACCUGUACGCCCUUGUCGAAUGAAAGCUAUUAUCGAGCUGUUUGCUACCAUUCAAGUGGUCAAGUUCAACGACAAGUUUGUAGCCAAAAAUUACUGUCGCCCGAAACGACGAAGUGGCUGUGAUGGAUCGGUUCUUAGGGCUCGAAGUGGUCGUAAUGUCCGUCAUGAACUGCACGCCCCUGCUGGUCACCAUGGCUGUCUUUGCUGCGUUUACGCUGUGGAUGCACCAACAAAAAUUGACAGCAACGAACAUGUUUUCUGCGCUGGCGUUGUCCAAAGCCGUCCAAGAGACACUUAUCACGUUGCCGAUUGCUCUUAUGGUCAAGGCAGACAGUCGCGUCCACGACACGGAUCAAUAUGUAUCAUGCUUGAAAUGACCGAUUUCUAACCCGGAUCUUGUGGCGAGUACCGUCGCAUUAGACCCCACAACCAAGACCUGGCCUCGCGACAGAGCCUCCCCUUUACGGACACGUGUGGCAAUCUCAUCAUAUAUAUUUAACAAAGACCCCCCUAUAUC